AUGUUGAUUCACUUCCAGGAGACGAGUGGAACCAAUUGUGUGAAGGCGACUAGUGGAGAUAGAUCAGAAACUCUGUGUCCAAAAGGUGCAACGACUGUAUUCACAUCCACCUCGGCGAUUGAUGUGAGUGCGGACUCCGUCACGACUACUACUACUACAGCCGCUGCUACAACCACAGUAACACCUACAACUACACAAACCUCAAAUUCAUCAGGAGGUGGAGGAGAAAAUGAAGCGGGUAAAAAAGAUAAAGAUAAAGAAUCGUCGAACGAUAAGGUAUCAGAUCCUCAGAAUGAAGAGAAAAAAUUAAAAGGCAAAUCGGAGGAAGAAAAGCGGUAUCAGUGGAAAGGUCAAUAA